AGGUAGGGAUACUUGAGAUAAUCACGGUAGUACAUGGAGGGAAGCCACCGGAAUAGGUGAUCGUAACCAACGACCACCUUGACCCGAAAGCCAUCGUUCGCGCUUGUGGUCUGAUUUUUCUUCAAAAAAAUUCCUUCGAACAAUUUAUCCCAGUCUAACCCAUCAGCAUGCGUAUACAUAUCGUUCGAUAUAACGACAUUGUGUCCGUUUCUCAAGUGGCCCUCCAGGGCCUGCGAAAAUUCUUCAAAAUUGGAUUGCAUAGCCGAUUCAUGAUUACUAGGAAAGGUGUCGGCGUUGCGAUAGACCUUAAACUCGGUGUCAACUCCCACGUUCACGUCCACUCUGGACGACUGUAUCCCUCCCACAAAGUAAACGUUAUCAUCCAAUGCCAACUUCUCGGCUACCUCGAGCAAUCCUUUCUUGAUAGUCGUGGUGGCAGUUUUUGGUGGCCCAACAUGUACGACCAUCCAGGGGCGAGAACCUGUGGGUGCUGUCAUCGUUGUUGCUUCUGCUCGCUCUUGGGUUGCACCAUGUAAAGACACGACGCUUGUCUCGUGCUCGGUARUGUUCGAGACCAGAACUUUGCACAUUAUCAUGAUGGCAACGUAUGGAAAGAACAAAAUCACCCUAUACAUCAGUUCUUUGACACUGUUUUUCUCAAAUGCAACUCUUUGUUCUCGUCUGUGAUGUCCAGGGAUUUGUUUUUUUGGAGAGAUAUUCGAAGGUGUUCCGGGCGGAUCGCUGGGUGGAUCCCUUGUCAGAACUCGAGGCCUCAGAAGUGCCCGACUACUCAUUGGUUCUUCAAUGUCGGUUUUGUAUUCGACGGUGGGGUCUUGCUGACAAGUAUUCGGCAUUACAGAACAGAAACUUGAGUCAAUUGUGAUCUGGUCUGUUACAACUCUGGUACAAGUAGUAAGAGCACAGAAAUGAUUUUUUAAAGUGUUACUGUAUGUCAAAGCUCAAAGAAUAGACGUUCUUUUGCUUG